AGAUCAAUCGCCCCCAGUUACUUUGCGUCGUUGCGUCGUUUAUCCACCCCACCGACCCCUUUGCAACCGCCUACGACGACGACGAGCUUCUCUAUACUUGUUCUGUUCUCUACCACGCAAAACAGUCGUCAUGGCGGACAGAUAUUCCUUCUCCCUCACCACCUUCUCCCCCAGCGGAAAGUUGGUGCAGAUAGAGUAUGCCUUGAAUGCCGUCAACCAGGGUGUGACUUCAUUGGGUAUCAAGGCCACCAAUGGCAUUGUGCUCGCGACCGAGAAGAAAUCAUCAUCGCCGCUCAUUGACUCGCAAUCGUCAUCCAAGAUCAGUCUCAUAACCCCCAACAUCGGCAUGGUCUACUCGGGCAUGGGCCCCGACUACCGUGUACUCGUCGACAAGGCCCGCAAGGUCUCACAUACCGGCUACAAGCGCGUCUACAACGAAUACCCGCCCACGAGGAUAUUAGUCCAAGACGUGGCGCGAGUGAUGCAGGAGGCUACACAGUCAGGUGGUGUGCGGCCGUACGGCGUUAGUCUACUGAUUGCAGGAUGGGACGAUGGUAUCGAGCCCGAAGCUGAAGGCAAGAGCGAAGAGCAGACAAGCGAGGAGAAGAAGAAGGUCAGCGACAAGACUGGUGGCAUUCUCAAGGGUGGGCCUAGCCUCUACCAGGUCGACCCCAGCGGUAGCUACUUCCCAUGGAAAGCGACGGCGAUAGGAAAGAGUGCGACGAGCGCCAAAACCUUUCUGGAGAAGCGAUACACGGAUGGUCUAGAGCUCGAGGACGCAAUCCACAUUGCUCUUCUCACUCUCAAGGAAACCAUAGAAGGAGAGAUGAACGGCGAGACUGUCGAGAUCGGCAUCGUGGGGCCACCAGAGGAGCGGCUCCUUGGAGUCGAGGGCGUUGAAGGUGCCGUGGGACCUCGGUUCAGGAAGUUGAGCCCGUCCGAGGUAGAGGAUUACCUUACAAACUUGUAGGAGACUAUGAGUCAUGUAGCACUCUCCUGUUACGAGUCAGUACAGAGCGGCUAAGAGCGUCGGGAGGCAAGUGCGAAGUUAUGAGCAACUGCAUGAAGCCAAUCACGUACGUAGCAUUUACGAAAAUGAUGUCCUGAAAUGC